AUGAUCUUAAGCAAAACAAAGAAACCUAAAAGCAUGAAUAAGCCAAUAUAUUUCAGCAAGUUUCUUGUAACUGAACAAGUUUUCUAUAAGUCAAAAUAUACGUAUGCAUUGGUAAACUUGAAACCAAUUGUACCCGGACAUGUACUGAUCGUUCCACUGAGAACUACGGUUUUAAACUUAUCAGAUCUGACCAUGCCUGAAUCUCAAGAUUAUUUCAAGACUUUACAGUUAAUACAUAGAUUUAUUAAGUGGCAAUAUAAGGCUGACUCUAUCAACGUUGCCAUCCAAGAUGGACCUGAGGCCGGACAGUCGGUACCCCACUUGCAUACACACAUUAUUCCACGUUAUAAAAUAAACAAUGUAGGGGAUUUAAUAUACGAUAAAUUAGAUCAUUGGGAUGGUAAUGGGACUUUGACUGAUUGGCAAGGAAGAAGAGACGAAUAUUUGGGUGUUGGUGGUAGGCAAGCAAGAAAAAAUAACUCUACAUCGGCCACUGUAGACGGGGAUGAACUCUCACAAGGUCCUAAUGUCUUGAAGCCAGACAGUCAAAGGAAGGUUCGAGCUUUAACCGAAAUGAAAAAAGAAGCUGAGGAUCUUCAAGCCAGACUAGAAGAAUUUGUAUCUUCUGAUCCUGGUUUAACACAAUGGUUAUAG